ACAAACAACACAUGGAACACAACAUGUACACAAAACACAAAAAAAACACACAACAUAUACCGAACAUACACAAUUCACAACAUAUACAAAACAUGCACAAUACACAGCAUACGCACUUCAAACAUAAUAUGCAACACAAUUGUAGAAAAACAAAAUGCACACUAUACAGCAAACAUGAUAAACAGCACACACGAUAAUCACAAUACACAAAAUAUACAACACACAAUACACAAAAUAUACAACACACACUACACAAAAUGUACAACACAAAACACUCACAGUACACAAUGCACAUUAUACACAAUAAACAACACACCAAAUAUACAGCAAAUAAUAAUUACACCAUGCUCCAUAAACAACAGAAAAAACACAAAACAUUUGAUGCACAACAAACCUAUGACUAGAAAUCAUGUUUUUGAAAUUACUCACAUUACAGUUAUGUAAUCGCUCAAUGUUCCACGAUAUGCGCACGGUGUCUGCACGAUGUGCGCAUGAAGUUUGCACGAUGUGCGAUAUGUGCGAUACAGAUCGUGCAGGAAAAUGUGCGCACGAUGGGCGAUUGGAACGGUACAUGUGCGAUAGGUAUCGUCGUAGAUAUCAAAUGAGGAAUGCGUCAUCUAUUUUUUUAAACGUGUGGAACGAUUGUAAAAGAUAUGCAACGAUUUACAUUUUACGAGGCAGCUAAUUACCAUAUUUUUGUUUAAAUAUAUGUAAUAAUUGUUAGGAAUGAAAAUAAAAACAAAUGUAUAAUUAAAUAACUAAAUCAUUUUAAAGAACUUGAUAUAAUUUGCUCGGACGGCGUUGAGGACACAUCUAGGCCUAUGAAAGUCGACGAAAUGUGUAUUCGGCGAGAUUAUAUACGGUUAUUUCAUACAUGUAGAACUAAACAACAGAUAGAACGACUUAUUUUGAAUAGAACCAUUUCUUUUUUGUUUAAAAAUACAUAUCAUAUAUAAUUUAUGCAUUAAGUAAGAUAAAUUAUCGUAGUGGAGUCCGUCUACCAUUCUGCUACAUGUAUAUGUAGAUGUAUCACCAGGCCGUCGAAAACAUCACGAAUACUUGCGAGUCAAAAUGACGGUACUUAAAUGGCAAUAGUUAACAGAUCAUACAUGUUCCAUGAAUGAAAACAAUUGUUAUGCAGCACGUAUACAUAAUAGCGACCAUCUUAUAUCAUAAUUUCCAUUUUUUUAUGUUUUCGUAUAACUAGUUAUUUCGUAAUAUUUAUAAACCUAUCAUUAGCUGUGCGGUUUACAUCGCAUAGUUGCGCGGUUUGUAUCGCACAUCGCCAUUUGUGCGCUCGAUGUCUGCACAAUGUGCGCAGGAUGCUUUGGAACGUUGUGCAAUCACACAACUUACUGUCUUAACAUUGCGGUGCGGAAAUGUAUCCUAUUCAAUGAUCUAGUGAUCUGCUCUUUGUACAUAGUAUAUAGAUCUAAACAUACUAAAUGAGAAAAAAAUGUGUGAGAAACAAGUUUGGGUAAUUAACUAAUAGCUGCUGCGGUGUUGGUUACGUACACAUGUAGUUCACAGCUUCUGUACCGUAAUCAUAGACACGUGGGCGGAGCUUCCAAUGGAAGACCUGGCGUUGAUGGCAUAGAACACAACCUCCGUACCGUUACAAUAGACAACUGGGCGGGACUUCCAAUGGAAGACCUGGCGUUGAUGACAUAGGACACAACCUCUAUACCGUUAUGAUAGACACCUGGAUGGGACUGCCAAUGGAAGACCUGGCGUUGGGUACAUAGAGUAACAUAACCAUAGACCUGUAGGGGACACCUGAUGGAUGUGGUGGUGUUAGUGACGUUAUGGACGUUUCUCAUGCGAGAGGGAUUGUCUCUCUUCACAAAUCUGGUGAUAAGUCCAGGAAAACUGAACUGGAAAGCUGCCAAAGAAUAUUGUAAUGACAGGAAUGGCCGCCUUCUUGUUCUUAAUAGUCAGGAAAAGUGGGAUUACUUUACGGCUCACGACCAAUAUCAGGAACAUCAUCUGAACGAAGGGUUAUACUGGAUAGGCAUGAGAUUCAAUGACACUUUCGGGUGCGAAGGAGGAAGUUCAAGGUCAUGGGUCUAUAGUGGAUGGGGUAGGUGGAGUGCUCGUUAUCCAGAGCCUGAUGGUUGUCCUGAACAAUCGUGUGUUCUGUUAUGGGACAAUGAGAUGUUUACAACAUGGUGUUAUCGACUUCAUAAAGCUCUGUGUGAGACUAUAUUUUCUGGCACCACGAAAACUUCAAUUCACGCUACGACAUCCCGAUUGGAAGCAGCUGAUAACGCAUUCACGCAUUCAUCUACAUAUUUCAACAGAGCAGAACUUGCUGUGUCCACAGAAAGUUUUACGGCAUCCUCACCAAAAAGUGAUGGUGAAUCUUCGACUGUUUUCUCUACGACUCCAAGGACAGAAGGAGAAAGUAAGACUAUAUUUGAACCGACGACAUUUGAUCCGACGACAUCUGAUAUGACGACAUCUGAUCUGAAGACAUCUGAUAUGACGACAUCUGAUCUGAAGACAUCUGAUCUGACGACAUUUGAUCCGACGACAUCUGAUCCGACGACAUCUGAUCUGAAGACAUCUGAUCCGACGACAUCUGAUACGACGACAUCUGGUCCGACGACAUCUGAUCUGACGACAUUUGAUCCGACGACAUCUGGUCCGACGACAUCUGAUCUGACGACAUCUGAUCAGACGACAUCUGAUCUGACGACAUUUGAUCCGACGACAUCUGAUCCGACGACAUCUGAUCCGACGACAUCUGAUUUGACGACAUUUGAUCCGACGACAUAUGAUCCGACGACAUCUAAUACGAUGACAUCUAAUCCUACGACAUCUAAUCCGACGACAUAUGAUACGACGAGAUAUGAUACGACGACAUCUAAGACGACGACAUCUAAGACGACGACAUCUGAUCUGACGACAUCUGAUAUGACGACAUCUGAUAUGACGACAUCUGAUAUGACGACAUCUGAUCUGACGACAUCUGAUAUGACGACAUUUGCUCCGACGACAUCUGAUAUGACGGCAUAUGAUCUGACGACAUUUGAUCCGACGACAUACGUUCUGACAACAUCUGAUUCGACGACAUUUGAACCGACGACAUCUGAUACGACGACAUCUGAUCCGACGACAUCAGUUUCAACAUCUACUACGUCUCUGGUCAGUUCUGACGUAGAAAAUGACACAUGCAUCAAAUGUUGUCUCCUAAAAAAACAGACAAAACUUGCUAGAUACAAACUUGAAGGGAUUAUGCGUGUGUUAAGGAUUCAGUUGGCAGUAAACAAAACCAUGCUAUCCUCCCAAAGGCGAAAGCUCGUCAGCGUGUAUGACUCCCGGCCCAGUUGUGUAGCCAUGGGGGGCGUGGCCUGUAUCAUCCUGGCCGCGGUUGUCGGAGUGAUCGUUGUACCUGACGGUGUCAGUCUUGGUAGGCUAGUGUACAGACAGUUCAAACAACAACAUGAUACAUCAGUCAUAUAGUUUUGAAGAUUUGCAUUCAAAUCUUGAUUUUUCGUUCAUGUUCUGUUAUUUUUUUCUUUAUGGUAUUUGUAUACUCCAUUGUAUUUGAAUAUAUUGAACCGCAGUAUUUUGUUCCAUAUUAAGUAAGGAUUUAAGUCGAGUCAAAAAAAAUACAAAAUGCAAAAAAGAAACAACAGCAACUAUUAACUACUUUAGGAUGUAAAGAUGCGGAAAAAAGAAAUAAAUAAAUAGAAUGUCCAUGUACUAUAAAAUGUCAAUACUAACAUAUUUUGUGACGUCAUCGACUGAUUUACAGAGUUAUCAAAUAACUUUGCAAGGAUUGAUUAUGAUCAAGACAAUUAAGAGAUAAGACGUUA